GAUAGCUCCCUCGAUCUCGGUGGAUCUCAAACCUAACCUACGAAAUACUCAGUGUGUUGAUCAUAACCAAAACAAUAACACAAAGAGAUAGUCAAAGUUAUUUGAUAACAGCAACAAGAGUUUAAAGUGUAAACCCGUAACUAGACUAGAUCACCAUCAGUAUUAAAAAAUAAUUAAAUAAUGUCAGUGAAAAAUGAGUCGGGAGACGAAGUGACUAUUGUAUCCCGCCAGCUCGAAUCAUUCACAACAGAUUCAAACCAAAGUUAUCAAGAAAGUAAUCGUCCUAAGAGUAACUUGUCAAUGUCCAGUGCUAUGAGUCCAGUUGACCACCAGCAUCAUCUUGACGAUAAAUUGAAAAUGCCUAAAUCAUGUCACGAAAAAAAUUAUCUCAUUGAUGGUAAAGUUCCAGUAAUCAACGUACCAGAAAAAAUUCUCUUCAUAAUUGACACCACCAAGGAAGCCACGAUAACUCCUUACGAAUUUGAGUCGGGAAAGACAAUUCCACCUCUGAAAUUGAUAAAACGGGCUGUAGAAAUGUUUAUUCACGCAAAGUCGACAAUAAAUCGCAGCCAUGAGUUCGCGAUAAUGACACUAAGUGCAGAGUCACCAUCAUGGCUCUGCGACUUCACCAACAACAUCAAGCAAGUGAUCAAUGUCCUGAAUAGCAUCACAGACAGCCCUCUUGGCGAUGAGGACCAACAUAUUUGUGACUUGACCCAGUGCUUCGGAAUGGCCUUGGACAAAAUAGAUCUCCAGCAGCACCCGACCAUUCCCACGUACGUGACACGUGUGAUUUUCAUUUAUGGAAGAUCUCAAAUAAUCACCAGCAUAUCGGAUCCCGUGUGCUUUGACCUGCUGGUAAAACAUCCUCACUUUUUUCUCGACGCUCUCUUCGUCCACGAGCCACCGAGUGACGACGACGACUGUGAAAAAAUUUACGGUGAACUGCAACGAUUUGACACUAAAGAAAAUUCAUUUAUUCUGGAAGUUGGACGUGUCUCCGCGGCAUUGUUUAGUUCGAUGGCUAGACUAGUCGCGCAUCCACUCCAGAGACCUAAACAAAAUGAAACUGAUUAUAAUAUUUCUUUACCAAACAAUUCUACUGAUGUUUAAUAUCGAAUUUUAAUAUUAUUAUUAUUAUUAUUAUUAUUAUAAGUAUUGUUGAGUCAUUAAACAUUUAAUUGAUGUGGAGUAAAAUUUA